GGCGGCGGUGGCGGCGGCGGGGCGGGCGCCGCGCGGGGAUGCCCGCUCGGGCCGGAAAGUUUCUUCCCCGCGGUGUCCGCCUGGCCGCGGACUCCUCGCCGGUCUUCCUCGGAGCUGGAGCGGCUGUAGGGAGCAGUGCUCUGGGUAGCCAGCCAUGAUCGCCACUGGAGGCCUCCUGAGGAUCUCAGCUAGGAAGCAGGACCCCUUGCGACCCCAAAGCCAAGCCCCCAAACGCAAACGUAAGACCAAGAAGAAACGCAAGAAUGAUGUGGUGGUGGUGAAAGGCAAGCUCAAGCUGUGCUCCCUCUCGGGGCUCAUUGCCCUUUGUGGCAUCCUGGUACUGCUAGUGGGCAUCGCCUUGGCGGUGGUGGGCUACUGGCCCAAGCCCAGCCAGGUAUACAGAGAAGGUGGCGUCAGUGGGGGCAGACACCUGGCAUCGCAGGGUGGCACCCCCAGGAACCGCUCUCGCAGCCAGGAAGGGGCACAAGCAGACAUCCAUCUGGAGUCACCCCCCAGAGCCAGCUCCUCCACCACCGCUGCCACCCGGGGGUUCCCGCAGUCCCGUCCCACUUCCUCAUCCCCCCAGGCCUCCGUGGGUUUCCUUUUCCGUCUUUUCUCAAGCUACUUGCAUUCAGACAAGCUGAAGGUGCUGGGCCCCCUCAUCAUGGGUAUCGGCAUCUUCCUCUUCAUCUGUGCCAAUGCGGUAUUGCACGAGAACCGCGACAAGAAGACCAAGAUCAUCAACCUGCGUGACCUCUACUCCACUGUUAUCGAUGCCCACAGCCUGCGGGCAAAGGACGGAGGCACCCCGGCCUCAGCCCCUCUCAACGGCUUUGUCAAUUACGUGCAGUCCCGGGGCCUGGAGCUAAAGCCUGGUGGUGAAGGCCUGGGGGCCACGGCCAUGCUGGCCAAGAGCUCCUGGCCGCCAGGGCUGGGUGCUUCCCUUUCUCCACCUGACCUGGCGUCCUCGCCACGGCGUUCCUCCUUCUGCACCCCACCGCAGCCUCCCAGCCUGGCCGAGGCCGUGUACAGCAUCUACCGGGAGCGUGCUGCCCUUACUGGCCGCACCUUCACCAGCCCACCCUGCAGCCCACCGGAGAGCUGGGGCCAGCGCAGCACGGCCAGCUCCAUCGUUGGCUCUUCACUGAGUGCUUUCACCCUUCUGCCCUUGGCGCAGAGUGGCGGAGGGGGAGGCUGGCGGAGGCCCCCUGGUGAGCGGGGAGCCCGGGAGAUCCAACGGGGGGAGUUUGAACUGAGCCUGACUGACCUUAGCAGCAGCCACGUCAAGGGAGGCUACGGGACAAGGAGGCACAAGCUGGUUCUGAGGCGGCAGAGCACCAGCUGCUUGCCUGAUGCUAGGCGUCCCCUUUCCCCCGAGCCACCUCGGUCUCCAGCUGUCAGCAGGGCCCUGGACUCCAGCCUCUUGGCAGAGGCAUCUUCUAGCUACUCCAAAUCUCUGGAUCUGGGGGGUUCACCCCCCUCCACUCCCCCUGCCGUCACCAGGACGGACUCUCAGAGCUCCCAGUCUGAUCCUUCCAGCAGCAAUAAGGGCUACAGCCACCUGGAGGAGGCUGGCACCUCCUUGGAGUCAGUUGCCAACAUCCCAGCCAGUAAAAUCCAGGACUGUGAGGAGGAACCGGUUGAGAAGACAGACCCCCUCAAGGCUACCAGCAGAGAACAAACGGGGGAGCAAUCUCAGCAAACGCAAAGACAGUACACAAAUAAAGAGAAACUCUUUAUGAUUUCUAGGUCGCACACGGCAUUAGGGCUGGAGGAUGGGGAACUGGAGAGUACUGGCAUCUAAACGAAACAGAGAAGGCACGAUGACACCUUGCAACCCUCCACACCUUUCCCCACUUCUCCAAUGUUUUUGUGGACUUAAGAAACCAAUCAAUAUCCAAAGAGCUGCAGUAUGUCACCCUUGAAAAUUGAAUUCAAUAAAUCCUGUAGGUGACUUCAGGAAGAAAAAGAAAAUCCUUCUGUCCGAUUGUGAUUGUAUGUUCCAUGCAAGCCAAAUUGUAUUAAAUAUCCACAGUCCAAUAAGUUCUUCGGAUCAGAUUAAUACAGUUUCGGACAGUAUAACUGUGCACUUUACUUGUCUUGAUUUCCAAGUGCCCCUUCUUCUCCUCUGAUUUCUUUCUUGCUGAUUUGCCACUAACUGCUUGAAAACUGCAGGCACCUUUUUAAGCUCAAGAGCAACGUGGUCUUCAGAUCAAGAAAGCCGAGCUCUCUCUUUGUUUUGGUUCAAUCACUCUAAAAAGUUUGCAAGGCCUUAAGGAUGACGUACCUUGACAAAGAAUGAGUUUGUUUAAAUUCUGGAAAAAUGACAUUUUAGAAGAGACUGGAGCAGAACAGAGCUCUGAUAAUUUAGUUAAAACCAUUACAUUCCUGAAUCCAAAAUACCUACUACGACGUGAUACUUUAUUAAGUAUUAUUACACAUGUAUUGACUAAUAGCAUUAAAGGCUUUUUUAAUAAAACAUUUACAAACAAAACUGAGAGACAAACAGUCCUUUAUUUUGUUCCAAAUCAGCAAUGGACCUGCACUUCUGCUCAGUGCUCCUCCUGUGAUUCCCAGCAAGAUUUAUGAGAUGUAU